UUCUUCUUCAUUGAUAGCUCUCUGUUUUCGCUCAUCAAUGGCGAUUCGGAGAACGCUGGCGAAGCGUUUAUUCAACUAUAGCGGUCAUCCAUUCAAAGAUCAGAUUACUCUCGAGAGUUUUCCUAUUUCUUCUUCGUCGUCGUUCCAGAAGCAUCUAAUUCCUCACAAGGAGGGGAUUUACAGAGAGACUCCGGCGAAUUCUAAAUCUGACGGUAACGUUUUCAUCCGACGGUUUAAUCAAGCGGCCAGGCUUCCGGAGUUCUUGACGAUUCCAGAUGGAGAGAAGCUGAGACACGCUUUGCGAUCGAUUAACCUAACGGAGGGGAUCAACCUUCCGCUUGAAUCAUUCGGUGGAAUGUCGGUUCUGGAGCAGACGAAGAAGAUUUUGAGAUCGUCAAAAUUAGAGAAACUUAGAUCUGAACUUCGAAGUAUUUCAUCGAAUUCAAUUUCUUAUUCCGAGUACACUGAGUUCUGUGUUAAUUUCUGCGGUGGUAAUCGAGAACAAGGAAUUGAGUUUGCCAAACUAUUGGAUGCAUCCGGCAACGUCGUAGUGCUUGACGACGCCGUUUUCCUCCGUCCAGAUCAGGUAAUAACGGUUGCGAAAUCAAUGAAGAAGUUAAUUGCAGAUUCGAUGGCGAAACCUAACGAUCCGAGAAGAAAGGAGUUGGAAGAGAUGGAUAAUCAGAUUGCAGGAAUUGAUCGGAAAGCGGAGGGGCUGGUUAGAGCUGAACUGUAUGGUGGAUUGGCGUUUCUUGUCCUGCAGACAUCUGCGUUCGUAAGGCUGACAUUUUGGGAGUUGGAUUGGGAUGUGAUGGAACCCAUCUGUUUCUUUGCGACAUAUUUCCCUUUUCUGUUGGGUUAUGUGUUUUACCUUAAGACGUAUAAUGAACCAUGUUUCGAAGGAUAUUUUCAGCGACGGUUCAGGACGAAACAGAGGAAGCUAAUGGAGAAACAUAAGUUCGAUAUUCAACGAUAUAACGAGCUUUGUAAAGCGUUCGAUAUUGACUGCAGGGGAAAAAGAGGAUCUCUUCUAUAAGGGAAGAAGAAGAAGAAAAGACUUUCUUUGUAUUUAUGAGAAAUAGAUGUCUUUUCUAAACUUUUAUGGGUUUUUUACUGUGAACCUAACCUAUAACUUU